UUUCCGUGCGGUUAGAUUUUUUAACACAUUUAACAGAUUUUAUGUUCAUUAAAAAUAGAUAUGGAUACAUCGUUUAUUGAAGAUUUACCAAAGGGUCCGUUGGAUUUUUACAGAAAACAAGCAAGUUUUGAUUGGAAAAGAUUAAAAUUAGUUUUUGAAGACCCGGAUUUUUUAAAAGUAAAGCUAAAUGUAUGGAAAACUUUGGAAAAAGAUCCGCUUUUUCAAAGACCCGUUGUAACUCCAACAACAGAUGAGCAAAAAAGAAUAACGGCGCUUCAAUUUCAUCAAUAUUGCAAAUAUAACUUUUUACCACCUGACGCACACAAUUUACCUUACAAAAGAAAAACUAGAAUCAUAAUGACGAUUAAUGAAGCUUUGGCGGUUUGUUUUCCCGAUGUUUCUGUAAAAUACGCCGUUGGAGUCAGUUUGUUCACUAACACUUUACAAACUUUAGGCACGGAAAGGCAUCAACCCAUUUUCCAAGCUGCUUGGAAUCGAAAAAUAUUAUCAAGUUUAGCUUUAACGGAAGUCUCCCAUGGUAGUGAUACAAAAUCCGCGCGCACAACAGCUACUUACGAUCCGAAUACUCAAGAAUUUGUUAUUAAUACACCAGAUUUUGAAGCUGCAAAAUGUUGGGUUGGAAAUAUUGGAAAAACAUGUACAAUGGCCUUAUUAUUCGCACAAUUAUACACUCAAGGACAAUGUCAUGGUUUACACGCUUUUGUUGUUCCGGUAAGAGAUCCAAAAACUUUAUUACCAUAUCCCGGAAUUAUUGUUGGAGAUAUUGGAGAUAAAAUUGGAUUAAAUGGAAUCGAUAAUGGGUUUAUAAUGUUUGAUAAUUAUCGGAUCCCAAGAGAAAGUCUUUUAAACCGAACUGCUGAUGUAACACCGGAAGGGGAUUAUGAGAGUAGUUUUUCUGAACCGGGAAAAAUUUUGGGCGCCGCUUUGGAAAAUUUAUCAACCGGAAGAAUGGGGAUAAGUCAAGAAGGCGUUAACAAUUUAAUUUGUGCUGUUACCAUUUCGAUUCGAUACGCCGCUGUUAGAAAACAAUUCGCUGACAAUGGAAAUGGAAACGGAAAUGGGAAUGGAAACGGUUUUCCUUAUUCAGGAAGAAACGAUCACGUCGAACAUCCAAUUAUUGAAUAUCAAUUACAUCAAUGGCGAUUAUUUCCCUACGUUUCAGCAGCGGCUGUUUUAAAGAUAUUUGUCGCCUGCUUUACUGAAGAUUAUCUUUCGGCCGUUGAAAGAACAACAACUUCAACCUCAACAAGAUUAAACGGCUUGAGUGAUUUAGUUUCUGAAAUUCAUGCAAUAAUCUCAGCAGCGAAACCUUUAAUAACAUGGACUUGCCGUGAUGCUAUUCAAGAAAGUCGGGAAGCUUGUGGAGGUCAUGGUUAUUUAAAAUCAGCUCGUUUGGGCGAUUUACGUAACAUAAACGACCCUUGCGUUACUUACGAGGGGGAUAAUAAUGUUUUAGUUCAACAAACAAGUAAUUGGUUGUUGCGGCAAUGGAUUGGGUUGCAACAAGAGGGAAAAGUUAAUAGCCCAUUAGAAACAUGCGGGUUUCUAAGGGAUUACAAAAAUGUUUUAAACAAAACGUUUAUUAGGGAUAAAUACGAUUUUAACAUGAUUAAAGAUUGUUACGAGUGGUUGAUAACUUACUUGGUAAUGGAUACAGAUCUGAUUCAACAAGUUUUAAUAAAAAAUGGUGAUAGUAAGUUCAACGCUAGGAAUAAAUCUCAAGUUUAUAGAGCUGCCCCUCUAUCAAGAGCGUAUGGGGAAUAUUUAGCGAUCAAAUAUUAUUGGAACUACAUUCAUACUGCUAAAUUAGAAAGUAAUCUUUUAACUGUCUUGGAAAAACUAGCAUUUAUGUAUGGUUUAUCAUGUUUGGAUAAACACAUGGUUUAUUUUUACAAGGGAAAUUACGCAAACGGUCCAAAAUUAAUCAAUUUAAUUAAAGAUGGGAUCUUGGAUCUUUGCACACAAUUAAAACCGGAUAUUGUUGGUAUCGUUGAUGGAUUGGCACCGCCCGAUUUUGUUGUUAAUUCCAUUUUAGGUAGAGCCGAUGGAAAUUUAUAUCAACAUUUAAAAGCUGAAUUCUUCCAAUCGCCUGGAGCGAUGUCAAGACCAAACUGGUGGCAUGAAAUAAUUAUAGAAGAUGCCCCCGAUUUUAAAAUAAGGUCAAAACUAUAACAACUUACAUAGGUUAAUUAAUUCAAUAUUAAUUUGUACGAUAAUAAUGUCUAUUUUAUA